UCCUGUCCCAGUCUGCGACGUUCGGCUCUUUUUUCCGCUGCUAAGCUUGGACAAAUGGGCCGGGCUACAAACAGAUAUGUUUGCCAACUAGUCAUUUUGAUCUUGCUUGCUUCUUUUGGAAUAGCAAUAUGGUCUCUGUGGCUAGGGGUGAAUUCCGACAAAGACAACAUUCAUCCUUUACUCAACCAACUGAUUCCCGCGGGUCACUGUGCUUGUGAGGCUUCUACUAUCUUCAAAUGUGACAGCUGCCUCCGGUGCUCUUCUCAGUUACCGUCUAAUGAUUCUGCUCUCCCUUCUGCUUCCGAACCCACCUCCUAUAGUGCGUUUGACCCUGAAGAGUAUUCCUAUAAUCAGAUACAAUGCCGAUCGUUCCUCCCCGGUCUCUUUGAAGAUCCAACUCGGGCUCAAACGUUCUGGAACUCCAAGCGUGGAAUAACCAGGGCUGACCUCGACAAUAUCAAGAUGGUGGACGGUAUGGCCCGGGCAGCUAUAUACAAGGGAAGGCUAUAUGUCAUCAUGACCCUUAGCAAGGGAGAGGAUCACCGCCGUAAAAUCAUCGGGAUCUUGAGCUCGAUCCACCGUGCCUUGAUUUCAUCACCCGAGCGUGCUACCAUGCCUAACGCUGAAUUUAUCUUUUCCGUGGAAGAUAAGGUGGAUGAUGUCGCCGGACCAGGUCAUCCUCUGUGGGUGUUGGCACGAAAAGCCGAGGAAGAGUCCGUUUUGCUAAUACCCGACUUUGGCUUUUGGUCCUGGGGACAUAUUGAUAGUCGGAUCGGGCCAUAUGACCAGAUGGUUGAGCACGUCCGACAGCAGGAGCUUUCCUGGGAGGAAAAGCAAGAUAAGCUGGUAUGGCGUGGAAAGCUCAGCUUUGCUCCAAAGCUUCGACGUACUCUUCUCGAAGUUGCGCAGGAACAUCCUUGGGGAGAUGUGAAGGAGAUUGAGUGGAAGAACAAGGCCAAUUUCCUUAGCAUAGAGGAUCACUGUAAUUACCGAUUUAUCGCUUAUGUAGAAGGCCGUUCCUAUUCUGCCUCCCUCAAAUAUCGCCAGGCCUGCCGAUCGAUUAUCGUCAUUCACGAACUGCAAUAUAUUCAGCAUCACCACUAUCUCCUUGUCUCCUCCGGACAAUAUCAGAACUACGUCCAGGUAGAAAGGGACUUCUCUGACUUGCCACAGAAAAUACAAGAACUCCUCGAUGACCCCGCAAAGGCUCGACAGAUUGCGAAUAACAAUGUGAACAUUUUCCGUGAACGGUAUUUGACCCCAGCUGCAGAUGCAUGUUAUUGGAGGGAAUUGCUGCAGGCAUGGACGAUGGUAUCUGGGGAGAUCACUUCAACCGUAGCAGACCCAACCAGUGAGCCUAAAAGAGGUUAUCGAUAUGAAUCCUUCAUCAAUAGUAUGAUGCACUUUGCGCCAUAGUGCUUGUGCUCAAUGAUUGCCAUGA